AUGGGUUAUGUCGAGUUUCAAGUGGAGGAAAAUAAGUGUUACGGCUUUGCUUUCAGAAUGGUUCUUCACCAGAAUGAAGAGGGAUCGUCUUCGCCGCCUCUUUUAGCGCCAGUCUCGCCGUUGCCAGGCGAAGACAGUUCACCCGACAAACAGGUUUUUUCUCUCAGCCUUCAGGUUCGAUUCAGAAUUCAGGUCGACGAAAGCAGAACCGACGAAUCGUUCAACACUUAUAAUGAGAGAAUGAAGAACAGACGUCAUCACACUAAAAAAGAAAGAGUAAUUCAUAUCAUCUGGUUGGAUUUGAACAGGAGAACGUUCAGAAAACGCCGACCACGGCAAGGUGCUGGAAGAAACUGGAAGAUCCGAACGCGCCGCGCAAGCCUCGUUCCGGCUACGUUCAUUUCCUGAGGUUUUUCCCGAGAUUUUCCCGACUACUCUUUUUUUCCCAGUGACCGACGAGCCAAGUAUGGUUCGGUGAAACAAGGCGCCUCUCAGAAAAACAUCAAUGUUGCUCUGGCCGCCGAGUGGCAGGCUCUGGCCGCCGGCGACAAAGAGGUCACCAUUUUUCCACUCUUCGAAUUUUUAUUCAAUUUCAGAAAUAUCACGAAAUUGCACGGAAAGAACGUCUCGACUAUGAAAAAGCGAUGGCCGUCUAUCAAAAAACAGAGGAUUACUCCAAAUUCCAAAGUAUGCGCGGAUAGUUUGUUUCGUGCACUGCUAGAUUUUUUUUUUGAUUUUAAAAUUUUUAAACUGGUUGAAACACUUUCUCCCAUUGGUCCAUCUUCGUCAUAUUUUUUUUCCGAUGUUUCAUAAUAAGAGUUAAAAUAUUUUUUCUGUUAAGGUCAUGAAAAGGUUAGGUUUUUAGCUAUCCUAGUUUUUUUCCAAAGAUGUGUAAAAAAAUAGAAUAAGAUUUAAAAGAUUAGAUUUUUUUUACCCUCUUAGGGUCGUGAAUCUGCGAGUUUUUAUGCAAAGAUAUUUCAGAACAGAAAGAGUUGAUUCUAAACCAACGGAAAAAAAGCCGCAAGACGGGGAUAGUCGAUUCGAUAAUGCUGCGUGACGUCGUCGACCUGAUCGACGGACCUUCUACUAGGAAAACCAGCGUUGGUCUUUUCUCGAUUUUUCGUUUAGCGAUACUCUGUUUUCUCAGACUGGAGCACGUACGAAAAGCUUACAAAAUGGUCCCGAAGGUUCGCCUACCAACGUCUUCUCUGGAGAGAUCUUCAGUGGACCCUUCAUCGAAUUCAACCGACGCGAGUUUUUCACAUUUUCCGCGAUAUUCUAUUCAAUCACUUCAUUUAAAGCUCCUGGCUGUUUGUAAGAAAAUGUAGGAAAAACUAUUUUGAAUCUUCAAAAAUGAAUUUCAUUAACUUUGCUUUUUUGAAUCUCGAAUACUUUCUAAAAUUAGAUUUUCUGGUUAGAAUAUUCAAACGGAAUUGGCAGUUCGAAAAGUUUUUUGGACAAGUGUUUUUUGUCGGGCGCACUUCUGGAGCACUGUCAGAACUUUUGUUGCGAUUUGAUUUGAAAAUAUAAAAAAAAAUUGGCUCCUACGAGCUGACCAAGUUUCCAAUCGGAAAAAAGCGAUUUCCAGAAGGUAUAUUUUUGAAAAAAAAAAGUGAUCCUUUAAGAUAUAUAUGAUUUAUUUUGAUGGGCCGUUACGAGAUAAUAUCUUUUCUACCUCCCGAUUAGUCGAUCUUCAUUUCCGCUCUCUUUAUGUUGAAAUACUAUCAAGAAAGAGUCAUUUUGUGACGCCACAAAACUAGCUUUGGUUGAAAUCUGGUCCGAUAAACUAUUUCCUAAUUAUAUUUAACACCAAAUUUUGAUUUUCCUAGUUUUUUUUUUGUUUCAGAACGAGAGUCUGAGUUGCGGAUGAUGCGCAGGGAAAUAAGCAACAUCGAGCACGAAAUGGAACUUCUCCAGAAAUCAGCCGGCCACGACGAGAAUUUCGCUCUCCGCGCCCGAAUAGCUAACGGUUUUUCUUGAUCUCUUCUCAAUUUUAUAGAUUUUUCGAGAAAAAAGGUGAUGUGGAAUUUUGGAAAAAAUGACUGCAAGAUAGAAGUCGGAAAUUUUUUUUUUUUUCGUAGUUUAGAAAUCGGCCGAGUCUGGCACGAGAGAAAAGCGAUGUCGGUGGCUGUACAUUCCCGAAAGUGCCGCAUUGUUAUCGCGCCGGUCUCGCACGCUUUUUUUAAAAUUUGCCGUAAUAAGCGAUGUCGCGACAAGAAAAAUGCGAGGCUAGAGUGUCACAUUUGCGAGGCCGCCAGCUAUCUCGCUCUUCUAUUGGUAGUUGUUCUUAACUUGGGGUAUUGAAAAAUUUGAAACUUUUAUUCUUCAAAGAAGUUUCUCUGCUGAAUCAUGAAAUAAUAAAAGAGUUGUUUGUCGGUUCGCGAAACUGUCCAUGUAGGAACAGUACGGCGCCCAGCUUGUCCAGGGCUGACGGGCGUCGGAUUAAAUCUCAGACGAGAGCGGAAAUGAAGACCGACCACUCGGUUGGUAGAAAUGAGAUAAUAAAUCUUGGUUAAUGGUUGGACUUAAUUAUUUCCUUUUAGAUGAGAAGAUGCUAGCUCAAACGCAAGGAUAUAUCCAGGGAUGGGCGCAUGUCGCCAAAAAUGCUCUUGCAAACAUUGCCCCUCCUGGUCAGUUCUUUUUUCAUUGACAGAAAUAUAUUCUGACUGUAUUCACAAUUUCUUUCCUCAUAGCCAUGCAAAUUUAAACACGUUUCAUCUUUCCAGAAACUCUUUUCAUCGGUUUUAGUUUUAAGCAAAAAGGUUGUUUUUUGUCUCUUAUUAGUAGGGAAAUAUAUUCCAUCUCAAUAAAACUUUUUAUUGGACGGAAGCUGCACACAAGGGAACAUAGGUUUUUAUUAGCAAUUCAGAAACUUUUUUGAUUUCUGUAAUUAUUCCAAUUUUUCAUUCAUUCAAAGGCUCGACUUCUGAAAUUCGUAAAGUUUCAUAUUUUCAACUGGUUUAGGUUUUUUUAAUUAUCGAAAAUCUGCAAGUAUAAUUCAAAAAUUUUCUUGUUCUUUGGUUUUUCAUAAGUCUGUUAGCUCUGUUAUUAGCUUCAUACUCUAAUAAGACCAACUAACUUUCUACAAUUUUUUUUUGGCGCGUUCUAACGAUUCAAUUAUUUUGAAUAUGUACGGCAAUCAUCGAUGGCGCAUUCGAAUGAUCUCUUUAAAAGAGUUUUAUUUUAUUUUUAUUUUUUUCAUGCUAUUGCAGUGAAUGAGUUGCUAUUUUUGUUAAGUUCAGCAAUAUUGAAAUUUUCGUAUUAUAUGGAGUUCUGCAAUCUGGCAAACUCUCAUGCUUAUGAGGGUGGCCUAGCCGUGCUAACAAGGGGGUCUCAGAGGGAGUACCCGACCGUGUAAUCAAAGCUGGUAGAAUUCUGGCAAUUUUUACCCCAGCCGAGGCAUCUUGUCAGCACAGUUAGGAGACAGAUUUUCGAAAUAAACCCAGCUUGGUCAUUUAUUUUUCCUUACACCCGUUGUUGUUCCGUUUUAGCACAACUUUGAUUCAAAUAGCCUCGAAAACACGGCUUAAUAAGGGUACACCCGUUGAGACACCUGGCCAGAAUGAGCCUUCCUGCUUGUAAGCGAUUUAUCUACAAAUAUCGCACCGCGAUCUUGUAAAAUUCAAGAGCUUCCUCGUUUUCUCGGUGUAUUCAUGAACUCUCAGGGAUCAUCGACAACCCGGAUUCCCUCAUUUCUUGGCUCGAAUCGGUGGUGUCGAAUCCAAGCAGCUCAGCUGAUAGCAAGUCCGUUCGCGAAGCUCUUCUACACGCCAACUUUGCCUCAAUCAAAUAUUGA